CGCACCUCCAUCAUCUCGCCGGCGAGCUCGACGUCCGCUUCCCUCAUCGCUCACUUCCUCAACACACGCACCUCUUCGCCCGCAUCCUCUCCACACACCUCUUCGCCCACAAUCUCGCACCAGUCGCCGCGUGGCCGUGGCCCGCCUCCGCAGUCGCGACAGCCGCGCAGUCCCUCGUCGAAGCGGCGCGCAUUUGCGCCGCUCCGCUGACGGCCCGGCGCUGUCUACGCCUGGCGCAGCCAGAGCAAGCGACUCGCGAUCGACGACGACGAGACUGCUGCAUUUGCGCCUCAUCACACACAUUGCGCCCGCCGCGGCCUAGCCGCCGCGCGAGCAUCUUCGAUGCAGGCGCCCAAGCUGGAGGUCGACGAGUCGCGCCCUGCCUCGCGCCACGCGUCGCAGGGCCUGCCGGGCGCAGGCACGGGCGCGAGCACGGAGGACGCCAUCUGUCUCGACGACAGCUCCGACGAGGACAUGUCGGUGUCGGGCGCGUCUGAGUCCGGCGAUCAGGACGAGGUGGACGAGCUGCUCGAUGCGCCGGAAGAGCAGGAGCCGCAGCCAGAGCCGCAGCCAGAGCCGCAGCCAGAGCCGCAGCCAGAGGCGCAGCCAGAGCCGGAGCUGCAGCCUGAGGCGCAGCCAGACCCGGAGCUGCAGCCUGAGGCGCAGCCAGAGCCUCAGCAGCUGCAGCAGGUUGAGCCGCAGCAGCAGGCUCAGCCGCAGCCGCAGCCUCAGCUGCUGCCGCAGCCGCAGUCGCUGCCGCACCUGCUGCCGAAGAAGCCAGCUGUUAGAGCGGUGCAGGCGGUGCGCGAGAUGGAAGAGGGCGAGAUGUCCUCAUCUCAAGACACCGAUAUGCUGCCGUACGGUCCGCCUUCGCCUCCGUCGGCAGCGGCCUCUGCGAGUGCUCGGCCGGCGCCGACUGCCACAGCGCCGCUGUCGCCGCUGCCGCCACCGCAGCUGCCACAAGCCUCCACGUCGAACGGCCAGCCGCAGCGCAACCGCUCGCCACCGCCGCCUCUGCCGCGCGGAGAGCAUGCAUCUCCAUCGCAUCGCUCUGUUGCGCACUUCGAUACACAGCGUUCUCCUCCGUCUCAUGACUCCGAGUUCUCCUCGACGUCACGUCGUGGUGCGUGGCGGCCGUCACCGCCGCCGUCGGCACCGCUGCCGCACUCCGGCGCGGCCGCUCCGUACGUCUCGUACGAGCUCGAGAAGAAGGUACAAGCGCACGGUCGCACACUCUUCUCCUACAACAAGCGCGUUCACGAGCUUGAGGCCGGGCGCGAGGAGCUGGACAAAGGUCACGAGGCGCUCUUGUCGGCCACACGACAGCGCUUCGAGGAGAACGAGUCUCGCUUCGAUGCGCAGGAGGCGCGUCUGAAGGAGCACGACGCGCGCUACGAGGCGCUGGAAGCGCGCUUCUCGGCGUUAAUCGAGAAGCAAGACCGACAUUACGAUGCUCAGCAUCGCCGGAUGGAGAAGGCAGAGCUCCGCUCCGACAAGAUCGAACGUCGCGCCGACGCACUGGAGCGCGAGAACACGAAGCUGAUGCAGCGGCUCGAGGAUGCUGAGCUUGUCAUCCAGCAGCUGUCCGCGGAAGCAAGUCGUGUGCGUCGACUGGCGCAGGGCGCGCUCGAGAAGUCACCAGAUGGAGCGACUCAGACUGCCGAGUCGAGCGUGGCAGAGUCGUCGCGCAAGCGUGCACGCGAGCACGAUGAGGAUGCCUCUGCCGACAGAGACGCUCAGCGCCCGCGCGUGACAGGCGCAGCUGCACCUGCCACCUCCAUGGACAUCGGUUCUGCGUCGCCGGCCAUGGGCAGCCUGCCCGACGCGUUCUUGCCCGAUAGCAGGGCUGCUGCCCCUGCAUCUCGGGCCCCGCCCAUUGAUUCGCAUGUCAGUCACGUCUCGUCCGAGCAGCCACCGCCUGGCGGCGAGAUCUUCGAACCGCUCGCGGCGACAUUCAAAGACGUGCAGCAGGGAUUCGGCCACAGCACCGGCUUCGGCGCUCUCCGCAUCGAUCGAGUGCGCUCGGAUCUCCUGCUUCGCUAUCCGAAUGCGCUGUACCGAGCCGGCUACAAUUCUCUUGCAGCCUACCUCAUCGACGCGCAUCAGUUUCUCCGCCUGCGCGUCGAGUCUGGCGGCCUGUAUGGCGAGACCAGGCUCAAGCUCGAAGACGUGAAUCGUCCCUGGCGUGCCGAGCAAGCGCCGGUGGAUGCCAGAUUUGAGAGCGUCAUCCAAGGCCUCUGGCACGCGCUUGGCGACUCUGCACAGCCAGAGGCUCGCCUGCAACCUGCUUUCAAUGCAUCGGAGGGCAGCCGCGUCGCUGCGACUCAGACGGCGAUGUGUCCCGGCGGGGAGCGCUUUGCGCCGCUCAUCAACGCGAUCCUCAAGGUGCACAGCUCGGGACCGCAUCAUUUCAGCACGUUUGCGUCGCUCCGUUCCGAAGCGGUGUUUGAGUGCAUGCUCGAAGACACGCCUCAGGCGUACGAGAUCGCGGGCGCCGAGACGUGGGGCCACUACCUCAUUCUCGCGUAUCCAUACGUGCCCAUCAACCUCACGGUCAAGAAGGGCAACGUGCGCUCCCAGCUUGGCGAGGAAGACUUCAACCUCAGGCUGGCCUCGGUGCAGGCUCCCUGGCGCUGUGCUCCCGCCGCUGUGGACGCACAGUUCGUCUCACGUGUCAUGCAGGCCGACCCAAAGACGCCGCGCACAGCGGUGCUGCAGGCCUCCACGUCUGGCGAUUUGGGUCCGCUUCGUGCGCCUUCGCCGCUUGCUCGCUCAUUCGAGACACGUCAAGCGGCGCAGGCUCUGAGCGGCGACCCGGCAGAUUACUAUUGCCUCGUCGACUGCCUGCGCACGCUGACGCACGGGCUGCUGCUCUCCAAGCUCGGCCCCGAGCUGCGAACGCGACUGUCCAGUCCGGUCUACGAAGUGCGGAUCACGCAGACCGGCGGGCUGAUCAAUUACCUCAAGGCUGCAAGCAAGCUUGUCAAUCUCAAUCUGAAGGCUGGUGUCACCGCCAAGGUAGCGCUCGUCGAUCUUCGCCGUCCAUUCUUCGAUGACGCGCACAACGAGGCGUACCUCCAGUACGCUGGCGCGCCAAAGAUUGAGCAGGUUCAGGAGUACGACCCGCUCGAGCGUCAGCAGCUCAAGUCGCUCCAGGUUCAGCAUUUCGAGCCGCUCAUGCUCUUCGCAAUCAUCGACUGCCUUCGAGCAGACGAAGACGUGCUCAAGCAAGGCCUGCCCCUGACCACGCUCGGCACCGAGCUGCGGGACCGCUUGGGUGCUGAGGCCUACUCGGCUCACAUCAAGCCGGCGGGCGGGCUGCUCAACUUCAUGAAGAGCGCGAGCUCCCUGCUCAACCUGCGUUUCGACUACUACGGCGAUAUGGCACACGUCACCCUGGUCGACGGCCGCGACAAUCCUUUCUUCGACGCUGAGCGCAACGACGAGUACUUCGCCCACGUCACCAACCUCACCAACCUCAUGGAUGCGACCAACGGCAACCCAGCGCCCGCUGCUUGAUGUGCUGCUGCUCUCUCAUCCCUCUCUGGCCACCUGCACCGCUUCUGGUCCCUCAUUCACGUCCUUCUCGCUUCUGGCCCCUUCACUCACGCUAUACCGCACACACAUUCGAGUCACCCUCCUCACCCAUGCCAUCUGGUCGCGAAUGUCA